GCCAUAGCCAUAUUAUCUUGCCUAGGCCUGCACUCUCUGCUAUCACUGAAACACGCAUUUGUGCUUGGCCUGCCCAAGUUUGGCCUGGUCGGUCCAUUUUUCUACCGUUUAAAUGCAUGUGCAUGCAUGACUGGUCACAAAUAGAUAGCGCAAGCAGGGAGAAACCAAGGGAGCCCCGCAAUUUUUGCGUCGUGUGUUCGAGGCCAAAUGGCUUGGCGCUACUCCGCAAACAUCCCUACAUACAUAACUGGCAAGGACGAUAAUGGAGAGCCAGUUGUGUUGUACCGUGUCAACGUCUUCUUGCAGCAGCACAACCAGGAUGGCAGCGAUGCAGCUUCAGCACAGUCACCCGGCACGGACGCUGCCGCGCCUUUCUUCGUGCUGCGGCGAUACAGCCAAUUCCGCCACCUGCACGACCAGCUGAAGUCGGCUUUCCCAGCCGUCAUGUCGGGUAAGGGCAUGGCGCCGCCGCCCAAGCACCCGCUCGUGCUGGGGGCCCUGGGCUUCGGCGGCGGCGGUGGUGCGGGCGGCGCGGAGGCGCGGCAGCGGGAGAUGCUGGAGCGGCGGCGGGCGGAGCUGGAGCGCUGGAUAUGGCGCCUUAUCGGCUCCCCAGAGAUUGCCGGCUCGCCACAGUUCAAAUCCUUCCUGGAGUUUGACCGCGCCCUGGCUCGGGCGCAGCAGCAGCAGCGGCGCAAGCUGGAGGCGCAGAGGUCCAGCUUCUCUCCUGGCUCCACCGCCGGGGGUCCGGCAGGCUCCGGCCCGCCAUCUGAGGCCGGGUUCGGACACACCGGCGGCUACCCUGCAGGAGGAGGCCUGGAUGACAGCGCCAGUGACGCCUCCGGUCCCAGCAUGGCCGGCGGCGUGAGCCUGGGAGGAGCUAGCACCAGCACCAGCACGGUCGCGCCGGCGGCGGUGCCGGGGGCGGCGCUUGGAGGGCCGGCGGGAGCGGACGGCGGCCUGAGGGAUGGCGAUGGAGGGCGGCAGCACCCGCACGGCUCCGCAACGGACGCGGCGGCAGGAACUCGCGGGUCUCCCGCAGGGCGCGCCCCGCCUGGCAGCAACGCCACCUCCUCCUUACAUCCCCAUGCACCCGAUGCCGUACAGCACCAACGCCAACAGGGCCUGAGCCAUCCAUCCCUAGCCUCCUCCUUUCCGCACCCUGCGGCCGGCAGCGGCGCGGCUACAGCAGGAGGGGGCGGAGGCGGAGGCGCGGUGUCUGUGACCGGGGCAGUGGGGAUGGGGUCCAUGGCUGGUCUGCCAACGCAGGCGGCAGCAGCAGCAGCAGCAGCAGGCGGCGCCGCCCCCUCUGCGACGGCGGCGACCGCGGGGCUGCUGCGCCUGGGCAUUCACCUACACAGCCGGAGUGAUGUGCGGCGGCUAGUGGAGCUGCUGGUGGCGAGGCUGGAGGCGGCGUGUACCGACGCCGCCACUGCAUCAGAAGAAGCGGUGCUGCUACGUGAUGCCAACCGCGCCAUGGCGGAACGUCUGGGGGAGCUGGAGUCGGAGGUGGCGGGCGGCGGCGCGGCGGCACAGGUGCGGGCAGUGCUCUUGGAGGCGGAGACGGCGCGCGCGGCGGCGGAGCAGCGCGCCGCGCAGCUGGCUGACAGCCUAGCAAGCCGCACCACGGCGCACGAGCACCAGGUCGCCGCGCUGCAGGCGCAGCUGGCGGAGGCGCGUGCCGAAAACGCAGAGAUGCUGAACCGCCUAGCAGACUGGGGCGUGGGCGGCCCGCCGCCAGCUUCAACAGCAGCAGGCGGCGGCGGCAGCAGCGGUCCUACCUCGGGCGGCGGUGCCGCUGGAGGCGAUGGCGGCGCCGAGGCGGCGGCGCUGCGUCAACGCAUGGAGGAGCUGCAGGCGGAGUUGGGCCGGCGAGAGGGCGAGGCGGCGGAGCGGGCGGCGGAGGCGGAGGCGCUGCAGGCCCGAGUGCGGCAGCUGGAUGAGCAGCUGGCAGUGGAAGCAAAGCGCCGAGAGCAGGCCGAGGCUGCCGCCAAAGCAGUUGCGGCCGCAGCCGCCACACCGCCACCGCCGCCGCCGCCGCCAGCAGCACCGCAGAACAGCGCGGCUCUCGACCGGGCGCGGGCGGACAACGCACUGCUGGCGCAGGAGGUGCAGCGGCUGCGUGGCGUGCUGGCGGCGGAGCGGGAGGCGCACAAAGCGGCGGCGGCGACGCAGGCGCAGACGGCGGCGGCGCUGCAGGCGCGAGUGAAAGAGCUGGAACGGGCGGUGGCGGCGAGUGGCUUAGGGGCAGGGGCAGGGCCGGCAGCUGGGUUUGGGAAUGGCGACUCGCUGAUAUGAUGAUGGCGCCAGGAAGUCACGCGGUGCGGUCGCGGAAAGUUGGUGCCUACGCCUAAGAAGCCCCGGUGCGGCUGCGGAUGUUUGGAAGUUUUGAUUUUUGUGCACGAUGCGGCUGCGGAGCGCAUUCAUGGGGCUGGUAGGUGCGUUUGGGGAUGCCUGAGUGGCAUGGCAGCCAGUCAAGUCAGGACGCAUGGCUUGUGGUGGCGCGAUGGGCCGCUGCAAUGGACGGUGGAAAUGAAGUCGCCGUAGCACUGCGGCCGGGCUGCGAAGGCAGCAGCAUGGGCAAGCCACACUGUCUGUGGUCCGAUGUUACAGUCACAGCUUCAUCCCCGCCCGCCUGCCCCUGUGGCCCCAUCCCUCAUUCAGGCACCUCUCCAGCCUCCAUCCGUUUGUCUGUCUGUUGCCGUAGCAGCAUUCUUGGAUUCAGUCAACGGUAGGGCCCGGAGGAGGACUGAUUCCAAGAAUGCUGCUACGGGAGGACCCGAAGGAGGCAGGGGAUGCGGGGACGGAUGACAGGAAUGCAUGUCGUGUGCACCACCUUGUAACCACAGACAACA